CCCACUUCCACUUUGAGAGACAGACAGAGUUGUCCCGGGCUUUAAACAUGAAGCACUACAUGCUGUUGUCGCUGUUGUUGGCGUUGGGGUGCGUGCACGUCCGCGGUGCACCAUUGGUACAGGAGGCCAUGGAGCAGGGGUCGUGUGAAGACGCGUCGGCAAUCGGAGCUGCAGGACUUGCUCUCACCAAGAUCAACCAGGACCGGCUGGAGGGCUACGUCUUCGCCCUGCACCGUCUGUCCAACGUGCACAUGACAAAACAUGGAGAGACCGGCUUGGUUUUCUACCUGACUCUGGAUGUUGUGGAGACCAACUGCAGUGUUCUCAGCAAGAUGGACUGGAAGGACUGUGAGGCUCGCCCCACCACUAACACACCGGUAUAUGGACAGUGCAAAGUGGCCAUCUUCAUCAGUAAGGUGCACAGAGUGGUGCGUCUCUACAAAUACGACUGUGUUUUCAGACCAGUUCCUGGAGCCAGGGUGAACAGGAUUUGUCCUGACUGUCCGUCUCUUAUCGGCCUGGAUAACGCUGAGGUCCAAAAGGCUCUGACUCUCUCGCUGGAGAAGUUCAACAGUGAGAGCGGAUUGUCCAAUCGUUUCGCUCUGCUCAAAGUCAACCGCGCUACCGCUGGGAUGGCCAUGUCGAUGUAUUACAAUGUAGAGUACACCAUCCACGAGACCACCUGCACCAACACCUCAGCAGCGACUGAUAAGUGCGAAAUCAUGGACUGCGAGUUCAAUCACAAGGGCUUCUGUAAGGCAUCGCUCUACUACUCUCCCAGUCGUGAGGCUCAAACCAGUGUAGACUGUGAAAUCUAUGAGCCAGAGGCUGCUGAGGCAGAGAAGAAACGCCACGUGUUGGGCGGAGAGGCCGACCACAGCCAUCAGGACACACACGCACACAGCAACGACCAUGACGUCAUGCACGCUGCCGACGGAGCGCACACACACGACCAUGACCACGACCACACCAAGAGCCACGCUCAUCACGACGAUACCCAGCAGCACGAUAACACCACCGAGCACCACCACACACACGACCACGAGGUGGGCAGCGGCCACAGGCACGCUCACGACCACUCCCACGACCACGGGCAUGGCCACGACCACGUGCACACUCACCACGCUAAGGCACACAACCACAGCACAGUCUUGACCAACCACCACCACGACUACAAGCACGCCGACAGCGUGCACACCCACGAGCACGACCACGAGCUGGCUCUAGACCACGACCACAAGCACGCUCACCUGCACGUACACGAGCACCACCACCAUCACCACGAUCACGUCCACGAGGCCACAGCCCACGACCACCCAGAGGGCAAGGUGACGUUUCUGCCCGCCAUGGAUCAGCCCGUGACCCUGCCUUCCUUCCCUGACAUCCCCGGUGGUGACCCUGAGGUGGGAGUCACUCUUCCCCUCAAGCCAGACCCCCAGAUCCCCGGACAGAUGGAACCCAUCAUCCAGGCCUUCCCCAUGGCGGUCUCAGCCAACUGCGCCCCUGCAGCGGCGGGAGACACCCUGGUGGAGCAAGUCUUCGCUGAGGACCGCACGUUCAAGCCAGCUAGGAUGAGUGUGUACCUUCUGGUCCUAUGUCUGGCUUUGCUGCAGCAGGGGGGGAGAGCCAGGCCAGACCCUCCAGGCUGCAAUAGCCCUGAAGCGGUGAGGGUGGCGGAAGAGGCCCUGGAGCAGAUCAACCAGGACCGGACAGAUGGAUACAUCCUGAGCCUCAACAGACUGUACGACCUCUCUCACACUCAUGGAAAGGAGAUAAGUGGGUCUUUCUACAAACUGACCAUUGAUGUCAUGGAGACCAGAUGCCCCAUCACCAGCAGGAAACCAUGGAAACAAUGUGAAGUGAGAGACAUUGGUGCUGUUCCGGUGUAUGGAGAGUGUGAGCUAUCGGCCUCUGUUGACUCUCAAGUCAAACUUCACAGCUACUCCUGUGCACGUCGUGAAGUUCCUGCCACUGCGGUGGUGGAUGUGUGUCCGGACUGUCCCACAGCUGAAAACCUCAACGAGCCCGUCGUCAAAGAGACAGCCAACCUCUCACUGCAGAGGUUCAAUGAAGAGAGCCGCCUGGCCAACUACUUUACUCUGGAGAACAUUACGAGAGCCAGUUCACAGUGGGUUGAUGGUCCAUCCUACUUUGUGGAGUUCACGAUCCUAGAGACGGUGUGUUCAAAGACGGCAGAUGCCAGUGAACCGAGCGACUGCCCACCUAUGGACUGUCAGUUUGCUCAUAGAGGCUUCUGUUUGGGCUCACACGUGGCCCACGAGGACCAGUUUGAAAUCAGACUGCCUGUCGGAAAGAAGGACAGCUCGUAUCGGGACCGCAAGCCCGUAGAUGUGAAGUGUGAGAUCUACGAACCACAGGCUGCCGCUGUGGAGGAGCAGGCCCACGCAAAAGCAGACGGUGAACACACUGGGCAUCAGCAUCACAACCACACACACCUGCACCCCCACGAGCACAUGCACUCAGUCACACCCAGCACAGGCUUCGCUGUCUCCGUGCCUCGGGGAACCCUCGGGACCGUGGUGGACCGGCCUGCCCCUCUCCGGUCUGCCGCGGCGGCAAGCUCAUGCCCCGGUCCGCACAGACACAAGCUGGGCUUGGACAGACUGAAGCUCUGA